AUGGAAAAAUCAUCGAACGACCUAAAUGGCAUUGCAUAUUCCGAUGGCCCAUGGUCUCCCAUCACCCCGCCCCAUUCUCCCGCUUUCCAUCACCCCGCCCCAUUCUCCUGCUUUCCAUCACCCCGCCCCAUUCUCCCGCUUUCCAUCACCCCGCCCCAUUCUCCCGCUUUCCAUCACCCCGCCCCAUUUCCCGCUUUCCAUCACCUCGCCCAUUCUCCCGCUUUCCAUCACCCCGCCCCUUUCUCCCGCUUUCCAUCACCCCGCCCUAUUCUCCCGCUGUCCAUCACCCCGCCCCAUUCUCCCGCUUUCCAUCACCACGCCCCAUUCUCCCGCUUUCCAUCACCCCGCCCCAUUCUCCCGCUUUCCAUCAACCCGCCCCAUUCUACCGCUUUCCAUCACCCCGCCCCAUCCUCCCGCUUUCCAUCACCCCGCCCCAUCCUCCCGCUUUCCAUCAUCCCGCCCCAUCCUCCCGCUUUCCAUCACCCCGGCCCAUUCUCCCGCUUUCCAUCACCCCGCCCCAUUCUCCCACUUUCCAUCACCCCGCCCCAUUCUCCCGCUUUCCAUCACCCCGCCCCAUUCUCCCGCUUUCCGUCAGCCCGCCCCAUUCUCCCGCUUUCCAUCACCCCGCCCCAUUCUCCCGCUUUCCAUCACCCCGCCCCAUUCUCCCGCUUUCCAUCACCCCGCCCCGUUCUCCCGCUUUCCAUCACCCCGCCCCAUUCUCCCUCUUUCCAUGACCCCGCCCCAUUCUCUCGCUUUCCAUCACCCCGCCCCAUUCUCUCGCUUUCCAUCACCCCGCCCCAUUCUCCCUCUUUCCAUCACCCCACCCCAUUCUCCCUCUUUCCAUCACCCCACCCCAUUCUCUCACUUUCCAUCACCCCGCCCCAUUCUGUGCUUUCCAUCACCCCACCCCAUUCUCCCGCUUUCCAUCACCCCGCCCCAUCCUCCCUCCUUCCAUCACCCCACCCCAUUCUCCCGCUUUCCAUCACCCCGCCCCAUCCUCCCUCCUUCCAUCACCCCGCCCCAUUCUCCCGCUUUCCAUCACCCCGCCGCAUUCUCCCUCCUUCCAUCACCCUGCCCCAUUCUCCCUCUUUCCAUCAACCCGCCCCAUUCUCCCGCUUUCCAUCACCCCGUUCCAUUCUCCCGCUUUCCAUCACCCCGCCCCAUUCUCCCGCUUUCCAUCAUCCCGCCCCAUUCUCCCUCUUUCCAUCACCCCGCACCAUUCUCCCACUUUCCAUCACCCCGCCCCAUUCUCCCGCUUUCCGUAACCCCGCCCCAUUCUCCUGCUUCUUAACACCCCGCCCCAUUAUCCCGCUUUCCAUCACGCCGCCCCAUUCUCCCGCUUUCCAUCACCCCGCCGCAUUCUCCCUCCUUCCAUCACCCUGCCCCAUUCUCCCUCUUUCCAUCAACCCGCCCCAUUCUCCCGCUUCCAUCACCCCGCCCCAUUCUCCCUCUUUCCAUCACCCCGCCCCAUUCUCUCGCUUUCCAUCACCCCGCCCCAUUCUCCCGCUUUCCAUCACCCCGCCCCAUUCUCCCCCUUUCCAUCACCCCGCCCCAUUCUCCCGCUUUCCAUCACCACGCCCCAUUCUCCCUCUUUCCAUCACCCCGCCCCAUUCUCCCUCUUUCCAUCACCCCGCCCCAUUCUCCCUCUUUCCAUCACCCCGCCCCAUUCUCCCGCUUUCCGUCACCCCGCCCCAUUCUCCCGCUACCCAUCACCCCACCCCAUUCUCCCUCUUGCCAUCACCCCGCCUCAUUCUCCCGCUUUCCAUCACCCCGCCCCAUUCUCCCGCUUUCCGUCACCCCGCCCCAUUCUCCCGCUUUCCAUCACCCCGCCCCAUUCUCCCGCUUUCCAUCACCCCGCCCCAUUCUCCCGCUUUCCAUCACCCCGCCCCAUUCUCCCGCUUUCCAUCACCCCGCCCCGUUCUCCCACUUUCCAUCACCCCGCCCCAUUCUCCCUCUUUCCAUCACCCCGCCCAAUUCUCCCGCUUUCCAUCACCCCGCCCCAUUCUCCCACUUUCCAUCACCCCGCCCCAUUCUCACUCUUUCCAUCACCCCGCCCCCUUCUCCCUCUUUCCAUCACCCUGCCCCCUUCUCCCUCUUUCCAUCACCCCGCCCCAUUCUCCCGAUUUCCAUCACCCCGCCCCAUUCUCCCGCUUCCCAUCACCCCGCCCUAAUCUCCCGCUUUCCAUCACCCCGCCCCAUUCUCCCGCUUUCCAUCACCCCGCCCCAUUCUCCCGCUUUCCAUCAUCCCGCCCCAUCUUCCCUCCUUCCAUCACCCCGCCCCAUUCUCCCGCUUUCCAUCACCCCGCUCCAUCCUCCCUCCUUCUAUCACCCCGCCCCAUUCUCCCGCUUUCCAUCACCCCGCCGCAUUCUCCCUCCUUCCAUCACCCCGCCCUAUUCUCCCUCUUUCCAUUACCCCGCCCCAUUCUCCCGCUUUCCAUCACCCUGCCCCAUUCUCCCGCUUUCCAUCACCCCGCCUUAUUCUCCCGCUUUCCAUCACCCCGCCCCAUUCUCCCUCUUUCCAUCACCCCGCACAAUUCUCCCGCUUUCCAUCACCCCGCCCCAUCCUCCCUCCUUCCAUCACCCCGCCCAUUCUCCCGCUUUCCAUCACCCCGCUCCAUCCUCCCUCCUUCUAUCACCCCGCCCUAUUCUCCCGCUUUCCAUCACCCUGCCGAAUUCUCCCUCCUUCCAUCACCCCGCCCCAUUCUCCCUCUUUCCAUCACCCCGCCCCAUUCUCCCGCUUUCCAUCACCCCCACCCCGCCCCGUUCUCCCGCUUUCCAUCACCCCGCCCCGUUCUCCCGCUUUCCAUCACCCCGCCCCAUUCUCCCUCUUUCCAUCACCCCGCCCCAUUCUCCCGCUUUCCAUCACCCGCCCCAUUCUCCCGCUUUCCAUCACCCCGCCCCAUUCUCCCGCUUUCCAUCACCCCGCCCCAUUCUCCCUCUCCAUCACCCCGCCCCUCUCAUGCCUUCCCCCUCUCAUGCCUUCCCCCUCUCAUGCCUUCCCCCUCUCAUGCCUUCCCCCUCUCAUGCCUUCCCCCUCUGAUGCCGUCCCCCUCUCAUGCCUUCCCCCUCUCAUGCCUUCCCCCUCUCAUGCCUUCCCCCUCUCAUGCCUUCCCCCUCUCAUGCCUUCCCCCUCUCAUGCCUUCCCCCUCUCAUGCCUUCCCCCUCUCAUGCCUUCCCCCUCUCAUGCCUUCCCCCUCUCAUGCCUUCCCCCUCUCAUGCCUUCCCCCUCUCAUGCCUUCCCCGUCUCAUGCCUUCCCCCUCUCAUGCCUUCCCCCUCUCAUGCCUUCCCCCUCUCAUGCCUUCCCCCUCCCAUGCCUUCCCCCUCCCAUGCCUUCCCCCUCUCAUGCCUUCCCCCUCUCAUGCCUUCCCCCUCUCAUACCUUCCCCCUCUCAUGCCUUCCCCCUCUCAUGCCUUCCCCCUCUCAUGCCUUCCCCCUCUCAUGCCUUCCCCCUCUCAUGCCUUCCCCCUCUCAUGCCUUCCCCCUCUCAUGCCUUCCCCCUCUCAUGCCUUCCCCCUCUCAUGCCUUCCCCCUCUCAUGCCUUCCCCCUCUCAUGCCUUCCCCCUCUCAUGCCUUCCCCCUCUCAUGCCUUCCCCCUCUCAUGCCUUCCCCCUCUCAUGCCUUCCCCCUCUCAUGCCUUCCCCCUCUCAUGCCUUCCCCCUCUCAUGCCUUCCCCCUCUCAUGCCUUCCCCCUCUUAUGCCUUCCCCCUCUCAUGCCUUCCCCCUCUCAUGCCUUCCCCCUCUCAUGCCUUCCCCCUCUCAUGUCUUCCCCCUCUCAUGCCUUCCCCCUCUCAUGCCUUCCCCCUCUCAUGCCUUCCCCCUCUCAUGCCUUCCCCCUCUCAUGCCUUCCCCAUCUCAUGCCUUCCCCCUCUCAUGCCUUCCCCCUCUCAUGCCUUCCCCCUCUCAUGCCUUCCCCCUCUCAUGCCUUCCCCCUCUCAUGCCUUCCCCCUCUCAUGCCUCCCCCUCUCAUGCCUUCCCCCUCUCAUGCCUUCCCCCUCUCAUGCCUUCCCCCUCUCAUGCCUUCCCCCUCUCAUGCCUUCCCCCUCUCAUGCCUUCCCCCUCUCAUGCCUUCCCCCUCUCAUGCCUUCCCCCUCUCAUGCCCUCCCCCUCUCAUGCCUUCCCCCUCUCAUGCCUUCCCCCUCUCAUGCCUUCCCCCUCUCAUGCCUUCCCCCUCUCAUGCCUUCCCCCUCUCAUGCCUUCCCCCUCUCAUGCCUUCCCCCUCUCAUGCCUUCCCCCUCUCAUGCCUUCCCCCUCUCAUGCCUUCCCCCUCUCAUGCCUUCCCCCUCUCAUGCCUUCCCCCUCUCAUGCCUUCCCCCUCUCAUGCCUUCCCCCUCUCAUGCCUUCCCCCUCUCAUGCCUUCCCCCUCUCAUGCCUUCCCCCUCUCAUGCCUUCCCCCUCUCAUGCCCUCCCCCUCUCAUGCCUUCCCCCUCUCAUGCCUUCCCCCUCUCAUGCCUUCCCCCUCUCAUGCCUUCCCCCUCUCAUGCCUUCCCCCUCUCAUGCCUUCCCCCUCUCAUGCCUUCCCCCUCUCAUGCCUUCCCCCUCUCAUGCCUUCCCCCUCUCAUGCCUUCCCCCUCUCAUGCCUUCCCCCUCUUAUGCCUUCCCCCUCUCAUGCCUCCCCCUCUCAUGCCUUCCCCCUCUCAUGCCUUCCCCCUCUCAUGCCUUCCCCCUCUCAUGCCUUCCCCCUCUCAUGCCUUCCCCCUCUCAUGCCUUCCCCCUCUCAUGCCUUCCCCCUCUCAUGCCUUCCCCCUCUCAUGCCUUCCCCCUCUCAUGCCUUCCCCCUCUCAUGCCUUCCCCCUCUCAUGCCUUCCCCCUCUCAUGCCUUCCCCCUCUCAUGCCUUCCCCCUCUCAUGCCUUCCCCCUCUCAUGCCUUCCCCCUCUCAUGCCUUCCCCCUCUCAUGCCUUCCCCCUCUCAUGCCUUCCCCCUCUCAUGCCUCCCCCUCUCAUGCCUUCCCCCUCUCAUGCCUUCCCCCUCUCAUGCCUUCCCCCUCUCAUGCCUUCCCCCUCUCAUGCCUUCCCCCUCUCAUGCCUUCCCCCUCUCAUGCCUUCCCCCUCUCAUGCCUUCCCCCUCUCAUGCCUUCCCCAUCUCAUGCCUUCCCCCUCUCAUGCCUUCCCCCUCUCAUGCCUUCCCCCUCUCAUGCCUUCCCCCUCUCAUGCCUUCCCCCUCUCAUGCCUUCCCACUCUCAUGCCUUCCCCCUCUCAUGCCUUCCCCCUCUCAUGACUUCCCCCUCUCAUGCCUCCCCUCUCAUGCCUUCCCCCUCUCAUGCCUUCCCCCUCUCAUGCCUUCCCCCUCUCAUGCCUUCCCCCUCUCAUGCCUUCCCCCUCUCAUGCCUUCCCCCUCUCAUGCCUUCCCCCUCUCAUGCCUUCCCCCUCUCAUGCCUUCCCCCUCUCAUGCCUUCCCCCUCUCAUGCCUUCCCCCUCUCAUGCCUUCCCCCUCUCAUGCCUUCCCCCUCUCAUGCCUUCCCCCUCUCAUGCCUUCCCCCUCUCAUGCCUUCCCCCUCUCAUGCCUUCCCCCUCUCAUGCCUUCCCCCUCUCAUGCCUUCCCCCUCUCAUGCCUUCCCCCUCUCAUGCCUUCCCCCUCUCAUGCCUUCCCCCUCUCAUGCCUUCCCCCUCUCAUGCCUUCCCCCUCUCAUGCCUUCCCCCUCUCAUGCCUUCCCCCUCUCAUGCCUUCCCCCCCUCAUGCCUUCCCCCUCUCAUGCCUUCCCCCUCUCAUGCCUUCCCCCUCUCAUGCCUUCCCCCUCCCAUUUGUCUUAGCCAUUUGGCUUAGCCAUUUGGCUUAG